AUGAAAUGCUCAGGUGGUCGCAAGCUGUUCCGAGAGUUUCUGCGGUCAGAGUACAGCGAGGAGAACAUGCUUUUCUACCUGGCCUGCGAAGAACUCAAGAAAGAAAGUAAUCCAGAGCUUAUAGAGGAGAAAGCCCGGUUGAUAUAUGAAGACUAUAUAUCUAUAUUAUCACCUAAAGAGGUUAGUUUAGAUUCUCGAGUGCGAGAAGUUAUCAACAGAAACAUGGUGGAACCCACCCCGCACACAUUCGACGAAGCACAACUACAAAUAUGGACAUUAAUGCAUCGAGACUCAUACCCACGUUUUCUGAAUUCACAAAUGUACAAAAGACUUUUACAGCAACUGUCGUGA